ACAACAGAGAGAGAGAGAGAGGCAGGAACAGGUCCUGAGAAUCGAGCUAGCUGGCUACUUCCGUGACCGGUGCUCGCCGUCGUCCGGCCAUGGCAGCCCAUGUGGACCCCCUCGUGGUAGGCAGAGUGAUCGGCGAUGUGGUUGACAUGUUCGUGCCCACCAUGCCGUUGUCCGUGCGCUUCGGGACCAAGGACCUGACUAACGGCUGCGAGAUCAAGCCGUCCCUCGCCGCCGCCGCGCCGAUGGUCCAGAUCGCCGGCCGGCUCGGCGACCUCUUCACUCUGGUUAUGACUGACCCUGACGCUCCGAGCCCCAGCGAGCCAACCAUGAAGGAGUGGCUUCACUGGCUGGUGGUUAACAUACCUGGUGGAUCAGAUCCUUCUCAAGGUCAGGAGGUGGUGCCGUACAUGGCGCCGCAGCCACCGCUGGGCAUCCACCGUUACGUGCUGGUGCUGUACCAGCAGAAGGCGCGAGUGGCGGCGCCGGCGCAGGGGCCGGGCCCGGACGCGGAGAUGCGCGCGCGGUUCAGCACGCGCGCCUUCGCGGGGCGCCACGACCUGGGACUCCCCGUCGCCGCCAUGUACUUCAACGCGCAGAGGGAGCCGGCCAGCCGCCGCCGCCGCUAGCUUCGUCGUCCCCGCCGGCCAAUAAAAAAACCCGCUGCUAGCUGGUCGUUCCCUGCGUCCGUCCGUGCGUGCAUGCGCGCCGACCUAAUAAUUUACAGCGUAAUUAAACAUCGAUCAAUCGGUGUUGUCGCUGUAAUAAUGAUCGAACAAUAUGUGUUUUCUGUGUCGUGGUACUCUUAAUGUGGACCAUAUUUACCGUCUCUAA